UUAAUAAGGGGGAGGGGAGAAUGGGGAUAUGCAUAGAGCCAAGCUACAAAACUAUGGCUGUGAAAGAAUCUGAGUUUAUAUUUGAAGAAAAUCUGACCUGUAGAUAUGUUGCGGUGAUCUUUGGAGUGACGGGGCUGGUUGGGAAGGAGAUUGCCAGGCAGCUUCUGAUGAGAUCUGCAUGGAAGGUGUACGGUGUUGCUCGGAGGCCUGGGAAGAUCCCCAUUCAACAUCCUAAUUUCCAUUUUAUCUCGUGUGAUCUUCUCGAUGCGGAGGAGAGCAGGCAGAAGCUGUGUCUACUGGAAGAUGUGAGUCAUGUGUUUUGGGUGACCUGGGCGAGCGGUUUCCCCCUGGACAGCCCUGAAUGUUACGAGCAGAACAGGGAGAUGAUGGCGAAUGCGCUUGACGUCGUGAUCCCGCGCGCCGGGGCGGCGCUGAAGCACGUUUCUCUCCAGACGGGGACGAAGCAUUAUAUUUCGCUGACGGGGCCGCCGGCGGCGGAGGAGGAGAGAGAUGAAGGAAUGCGGCUGUACGACGAGUGUUGCCCUAGGGUGGAGACGGGGCACAACUUUUACUAUGUCCUAGAGGAUCUGCUCAAGGAGAGAUUGGCGGGGAAGGUGGCCUGGUCGAUUCACCGACCCGGUUUAAUCAUGGGGAGCUCCCACAGCACGCUGUACAACUUCAUGGGGAGUCUCUGCGUGUACGGAAGCAUCUGUAAACGCCUGAAUCUCCCUUUUGUAUUUGGGGGAGAGAAGCAAUGCUGGGAGGAGAUGGGGCUGGACGGGUCGGACGCCCGGCUAGUGGCGGGGCAACACAUCUGGGCAGCCAGCAACGACACAAUAUAUUCCACCACCGGCCAGGCGUUGAACGCAGUCAACGGCUCAAGUUUCACGUGGAAGGAGAUAUGGCCGGCUAUAGGGCUGGAAUUGGGAGUAACAGUGCCGGAAAACCCCUUCUCGCCGGAUUUCACGUUUUCCAGGGCCAUGGCGGAGCAAGGCCAAGUGUGGAAAGACAUUGUGAGAGAGGAAGGGCUGGUGGAAACGGAGAUGGAGGAUUUGGCUAAUUGGGGAUUCCUGGAUGCUCUGUUCAGAUGCCCCGUGAAAAUGCUGGGAACUCGAGAAAAAGCCGAUCGCCUCGGUUUCACCACAAGAUACAACACACUGGAUUCAAUAACAUACUGGAUCGCCGUCAUGAGAGAAGAAAAACUAAUCCCAUGGUAGCCAUAUCCAUGGCUGUAUCUUUGUUCUAGUCACUAAAUUACCAAAAACAUCAUUCAUCUCCCAAAUCAUUAAUCCAAAAUCAGUAUUAAAUUA